AUGCAGCACCACGAUCCCAAUCUGGUCUUCAAAAAGAAAGCAAAGCACAGCAAGUGGAUGGGCGUCGCCAAGGGAGCUAUGUAAGUGGAGGUCGAUGGACGCUUCACAACACUCGCGAAGUCGCAGCUUGCACUGCUCCUCUGCCCACAAGCUGACUGCUUGCGGCUGCUCUGUCUUGCUGACUGACUCGCAGUGUCGGGUCAUUGACUGGUGGCGCCUUCCUUGCGGGCAAGUGGUACGAGGACUCUCGACAGCUGGCCGCCAAGCGCGAGCAGGAAGCCAAGGAGAAUCAGCAGCUGAUGGAUUUCAUGAAUCGCACCAUCUCGGGUCAGUGCUGUGACUGCCGCGGUGCUGUCUCGUUCGUCAUCUCCUCUCCUCUUGUCCACGCGCUGGCGCUGAUGGCCCUCUCUGCCUCUUCUCUCCCGCCCUUUGGUUCAGCACCUUUCUCCUCUGCCAAGCAGCCAGGCAAGCAGCCGUGA